AAUUUCACUUGUAUCAGCCAGCAACCACUACCAUCAUGAAGGUCCUCUUUGCCCUCGCUGCCCUCGCGGCCGCUGCGCACGCCAAGGUCACGAGCGCGGUCCUCCGCGAGCUUGAAGUCGACGGCACGACGUCGGUCAUCGUCACCUUCAAGAAGGAGGCGACCGAGUCGCUAGCGACGUACGAAGCCAUCACCAACGUGGCCGAGCGCCGUGAAAAGUACAUCGCCGCGACGAGUGCCGAGGCGAUCAAGCGCACGUCGUCGCUCCGUGAGGCCCUUGGCACCAAGGCGGACAUUGAGAGCUUCUGGAUCGCGCCGGUGGCGUCGGUCAAGAACGUCGACCAGGCGACCGUCGACGCCAUCUCCAAGCUCCCGAACGUGCUCAAGGUCGACAAGGUCCGCAGCAUCAAGCUCACGUCGGUCAUCAAGGGCAAGGAGAACUCGCCUACCGACCACUCGCGCCCGAACGGCAUCCAGUGGGGCGUCGACACGGUCGGUGCGCCCGCGAUCUGGAAGUACUUUGACGGCAAGGGUGUCGUCGUCGGCUCGAUCGACACGGGUGUCCGCCACACCCACGAGGCCAUCAAGUCCAAGUGGCGCGCCGACCGUGGUUGGUACGACCCGUACAACCAGACCGCGCUCCCCGAAGAUCUCGGUGGCCACGGCACCCACACGAUCGGCACCAUGGUCGGCGACUACGGCAUCGGUGUUGCCCCUGGCGCCCAAUUCAUUGCUUGCCGCGGCUUGUACAUUGACAGCGGCGACGACCUCUCGCUUCUCAAAUGCGCUCAAUUUAUGGUAUGCCCGACCAAGCCGGACGGCUCGGACCCGGACUGCACCAAGGGCGCGGACCUCGUCAACAACUCGUGGGGCGGUGACGCGAGCACGGACACGUGGUUUGCCGACGUCAUUGACUCGUGGCACAUGGCCGGCGUGACGCCGCUCUUUGCCAACGGCAACGAAGGGCCUGCUUGCGCGACGGCCGGCAACCCGGCGUCGUACAAGAACGUUCUCUCGGUCGGCGCCGUCGGCUCGUACACGGACGAGCCCAACCAGCUCGCGUACUUUUCGUCCAAGGGUCCGGCCCAGUACAAGGACUGGAACGGCAACGUGCACACGAUCGUCAAGCCCGACGUUUCGGCGCCCGGCUUCUUCACGUACUCGGCCCUCAACGUCAACGACGCCUACUACGAGUACUACGCCGGCACGUCGAUGGCGACGCCGCAUGUCGCUGGUGUCGUCGCCCUCCUCAAGUCGGCGCAGAAGGGCCUUACGUACAACCAGAUCUACCGGUACCUGACGACGACGACGGUCAAGGACAUUUUGCAGCCCGAGCCCAAGGAGUGGAUCCUCACGCGCAACCGCACGCUGCCGGGUGCGCCCAACUGCGGCGGCGUCUCGGACAAGGCGUGGCCCAACAACCGGUAUGGCUACGGUCGCGUCAACGUCACCAACAUCCUCGCCGGUGGCAAGUUCCCCAACCCGAGCGCGUGCUAAGCACACCUUUCGUGGUACAUCGUUUCGUUUCGGUCCCGAUAUCAAGUGCGUCGUUGCUACUAACUCUGCAUUAAUCCACCUCCACCUCC